ACGAAUACUGUUCAUUUUGUGUAAUUGAUUGUAACGAUAUUCAGUACAGAAUUCUUUUUUUUUCCUCAAUAGCAAAUCUAACUUGAUCUACCACGUGUGCACGCUCAAGUGACGUGCAUAUUGCAUGUUAAUCUGUAGCUUCCAUUAUUCUGAAUCAAACACAUUCAAGAUGUCGUCCCAUUUAAAUUGGAUGAUAAUUCGCAACAACAACGCGUUUCUCCUGAAGAAACGUAAUAUCAACAAACCAUUUUCUACGGAACCCAGCAACCUGACUAACUUGAGUAGCUACAGGUAUUCCGGUCUCGUUCACCGCAAGAGCGUGGGAAUUGUUGAUACUCCCGAUAAAAAAGGAUUCACGGUUGUUUAUAAGAAAGCUAAGGCUGUUAAUAAGCCGGCAAAGGCAACUGUUAGACGUACCAUGAGGGCUGGUGCUCGACGCUCUUUGCACAACUUGAGAAGGCUUCUUACUGCAAACAAAUAUCGCGUGGACCUUAACAAGGCUGCACUUCGCAGGGCAAGUGCUGUUUUGCGGUCUCAGAAACCUUUGCGUGCCAAGAAAGUACGAGCAACAAAGAAGGCCGAUUAAUCUGUGUAUCUCAAUAAAAAAAAAGAGAAAAUA